AUGCUGAAGUACUCUCCGGUGUCGGAGCUCAUCAUCGCCGUAGAGGUAGGAGACGAGGUCAGGGUCAGGGACGUCCUCGCCAGGGGAGGAGACCCCAAGGUGACCAUCCCAACUGACAGUGGUACGUCGGAGUGCCUGGUACAGUUUGCUGCAGACCGUGACCACGCCCACCUCCUGCCCUGCCUGCUGGGGGCGGGGCUCAGCGUGGAGGGCAGCGGCACCCACGACCAAACACCACUGAUGGUGGCUGCCACAAAGGGCCACAAAACGACGUUAGAGAAGCUGCUCAGCCUUGGUGCCGACCCGCUGGCUGUUGACAAUGGAGGAUGGACGGCCCUCCACUGGGCUACAGUAAAUGAUAAAGCUGAGUGUGUGUCUACCCUCAUCCCGGUCACGCCGCCCAUCCCCGAGCUGCUGCAGGCCGCCGACGGACACACCCCGGUGCACCUCGCCAGCUUUGGUGGCCACGAGGCUGUGCUGAAGGCCCUGGAGGGGGCUGGCUGGCCUCUUUACGCAAUGGACGGCGAUGGCCUGACACCCCUGCACUGGGCUGUUAAGGCAGGGCGUCUGGACGUGGUCAGGUACCUGCUGGAUAAGGAUGCGGCGCCCAGUACGGGGGCCGAUGAUGACCUCACGCCGCUGGACUUGGCUAAGAGGCAGGGUAAAGACUUAGCAGCGAGGUGGCUGGCGAGGAGGAGCGGCGCGGUGCACGGGGACGCCGCCCACAGCCUGAAUCCUGAGGUCACGUCCAGUGCCGGGGUGAACGCUGCAGCAGGUGACGACACGCUGCGGCCAGAGGACGUGAGGAAACUGCUUGGCUUCAGGGAAUGGCUGAUAGACUACUUCAACAAGAAGGUAAGGAAUGUUAACAUAGCUACAAUAGACAGCAAGAUAAACAACAUGAUUACUGACUUUGUCGAAGGCCUUGGUGAUGUGUCUCAGGACGAGAUGGCACUGUCCCCCGUUAGCUUUCUGUUAGGCGACAGUCUUGGUCACGAGAGCGAGGGCGUGCGUGGUUCCCCUGCCUGGGCGGAACCCAAACU